AUGGCUGUAAUGGAGAACUCCACCAGCGCUCUUCCCUAUGAAUGGGAGUACUAUUAUGAUUAUCUUGAUCCUGUGAUUGUGGAUGAGAGCAAGCUGAAAUACAACAAAUACUCAAUUGUUAUUAUAUUUUGGAUUAUUCUGGCUGCUUUUGUGGGAUUCCUCUUUCUCAGUUUGAAUCUAAUGUCUCGCAGUGGGAACUUGACAAGGAGUCACAGAACCAAAAUCAAAGGUCGACUCAGAACAUCCACCGCUUGAUCUACUGUGAGGCUGAAUCUGAAUGAGAG